ACUCUUUACUGCUUUUUGUUUCUGAUUUGGAUUUUUUUUUUUUUUUUUGCUGCUGGCAAGCUGUUGUCAGCUUGCUGCUGUGGUGUUACCGACCAUCAUGGUAAUAGCGUGGAUGUGCUGUCAGUGCGACUUUGGGAAUCGGGAUGGGCGGUACUGUGGGGGGCAGAUUGUGGGGGGAGGGCAGAUUGUUUAUGAGGUUGCUUGUGGGCACGGGAGGUGUGAGGGAUGUAGGGAGGGGGGUAGAGGACCGCAGUCGUUGUUGGAGGCGCAUGGGCAGUAUCAGGGUGGUUACCGGCAAGAUCAUCCACAGCAGGAGGAGGUUCGUCAAACCGCGACUCUUCAGCCUCUGAUGUCAGAUCAGCAGCCUCCAGCACUGAGCUCCUGGUUUUGGAAGACCGGAUCCAUCGGAUUGACGAUGCCGUCGUCUGAGCUUCGGCCUGCCGGGGUGCGGGACACGGAAGGGGACGAAGAGUAUUGGGUUAAUUGGUUCACACAGGGGAUUCGACCGCCCCCUGAACCGGCGUGUGAUCCAUGGACAAAUCCAGACCACAACGUGUCAGGCCCAUUCCCGCAACCUAAUCAAGCUACCCCUCUUCCUCACCCUAACCCGCCACCACCACCACCACCAACCCACGAAACAACCACCACCACCACCUCCCCCCUCCAAACCUACCUCACCUCUCGCCUAAAAUCCCAAUCCACCAAACCCUGCGUCAUGACAAUAGGCGAAUACGACAAAAUGAUGUCCGGCGCCCCAACAUACACACCCCCAGUGGGGUACCUAGCCGACUACGCUAUCCUCACAGCAACCUCUUCCCACCACCACAAGGAAAAGGAAAAAGAUCGGAAGAAGAGAGAAGAGAUGAUGAGACGGGAGGAAAAGGCCUCUUUUGGGUUUGCCGAACGGGUGAAGAUGGAGUUGGAUGAGGGGGAUUAUGCUCGGUUGCAGCAGAUUUCGAGACGGAAGAGGAGGACGGGGGAGGAGGUUGGGGAACGGAGUAGGAAGGUUAAGGGUAAGGGGAAAGAGAGGGAGAGGGAGCAGGUGGGGGAGGGGACGAGGGAGAAGAGGGAUAAAGGGAAGGGGAGGGAGAAGGGGCAGGAUUAUUUUACUGAGACGGUGCAAGGUGGGCAGACGUGGGGUUUUGGGGGGUUGGAUGGGGGGAUGGAUGUUGAUGAGGCUGAGGUGGAAAAAGGUGGGGGUGAUAAGGGUUGUUAUCAGGCUACUGUUGAGGAUGGGGAGGAGGAGUUGUGAUGGUUGUGGGAAUAGGGGGUUUGUUUUGUUGACUUUUGUUUUGCUGUUGUCAGGGGUGGCGGAGGAUGGGAAUAGGGUUAGGGUAAUGCCUAGGAUAUGAUUCCUGUGAGUUGUUCUCAUUGCUUGUUUGUGCUUGUGGUUUCAAGUGGUGGGUAGGAUAAAUGCUUUCAGACGAUGUUUACCUGACUUGAUGUGGGUUUUGUAGGUUUGUUUGGUGGACAUGUAACAGUGCGAGCAGAACGCGUUGAGUUGAGAAGCUCAAGGUCGAGUCGCAAGUCAUGGUAAAUAAAACACUCGAGACUCCCACAACUCCUGCACCUCAAAAAAGUCAAAAAUAAAACAGCAGAGGUCUUCAACUGGGUAAUAGCAAAAAUACCAGAUAUUAAGAUAAUGAAAAAAAAAAAAGAAUAAAAAAAAGAAAUAAAAAGGGCAAAA